CUCAGCAUGUGCUCAUCAAAUUUAGCGCUCAUGUGCUCAUAGGUAAACACUAGGCAAACCCAUUAAAUUAAUAUCGGUACAAAUGAGAAGCUGAUCCAAGAGAAAGCUGGUAAAUAGAUCCAGAAAAUAGAAAUACAAGUUAAAAACUAAACUACACUAAAACUAGAGGUAAAAUUUAAAGUCUAAAAUUACGCACACUAAACACUUUUUAAAUUGUUUUGAUUAUAUGAAAGAGAAUGUUGAUUGUUGCAUACCUACACGUACGUAUGUUUCUAAUAAAAACCACCAAAACAUUUUGAAAGGUAGAAAUGGCAUGGCUCUACUUGAAUUUGCCCCCUAGUUGUAUGGAUGGUCCAUAGUGAUUAUCAUUUUAAACAAUCAAAAACUCGUGGUAGACCAGAAAACAAGGCCAACUGUAGAGUUGCUAUAUAUAGAUCUAUUUGUAGGUUGUUUAGUGUUUGGUAUAUUAUUAGAGUAGAAUCGAUCUGUGUACAUCCACAUUAACCAUUUCGACAUAUUGUAUCACUGGCCGGAGUGCCUCUAUGUAUAUAUUGACUGCUGCAUUUGUCGCAGAAAUCGUUGCAUUUGUCCCAGAAAGGUCCUUGUUGACGUUAAUUUCCUGAUUCAUGAUUGUUUGAUCAUGAGGAUAUGCAUGUGUAACUGUUGGAUCCAAUUAAAUGAAUAUAGAGGUUAUUAAAGAGUCAAAAUUAAAGUUUCUUUUCCAGAAGCAGCUUCAGAACAGUGAUGUUAAUAAUCUGAAGAGGAUGGUGAUUCCAAAGAAAGCUGCUGAGGCAUACCUUCCUAAAUUAGAUAAAAAAGGAGGGAUAUAUAUUGAAAUGAUCGAUGUCGAUGGAUCUCAUAUUUGGAAUUUCAUUUACAGGUUCUGGCCGAAUAACAAAAGCAGGAUGUACAUAUUAGAAAAUACUGGGGAGUUUGUUAACAAACACCAGUUAUCAACCGGUGACCUUAUACUGGUGUAUGAAGAUCGCGAAAGCAAGGAAUACGUAAUUGAGGCUAGAAAAACACUGAGCAAGAGUCCGAAUGACAGUCCCAAAAAGAAGAUUCUCAAAACCCACUCUAACAAAGCUAGUGCUCGAGGUCAGGCACCUGACGACACUCCUAUGAACGACGUUCCUGCUGCUGCUCCACCUCCUUCCGGAGUUAAAGACAAUUUGCCAGUAAAACUUGAACCAACCGAUGAUGCUACUAAUGAAAUUCAAGUUAUGGAUUGUACUAAUGCAGACAGUGGUAUGCCACUGCCUGAUUACGGGUUUGACGCUUAUAAUCCUUCUGGUACCAUCGACAAUGUGCUGAACCUCCCGAAUCCGAAUGAUAGCAGCUCCUCACUCAUCUACAAUGACAUGAAUUUUCCCAGUGACUAUUUGUUUAAUAUGUGGGAGCCAGGCGCGUCGAGCACUCAGCCGAUACCAUCGUUUCAGAAUCUCUGUUUUGACGAUAUCUUGAAGGGUCUGUAAAUGCUGUGACAUGGAUGUGUUGAUUAUUGCUGGAUCAGCAAGGCAAUAGGAUGCAAGUAACUAGCGCGAUCUUCGUUCUGUUGUACUAUCUUUUUAUUUUGUGUUUGGAAAAAACGUAUAGUUUAUGUAUAUUGACUGAGCACCGAUGGCAAUGAUAAUGACGUGAGAUAUUAUGUUUUGUAUGCAAACUAGGGAGUUGAAAAAAUUAUGUUAUAUAUUUUUUAAAUAUAUUUUUGUUCCUAAUCUUC